GUGUAGUGCUUAUCUUCUAAAGUUUGGUGAUUCACGUAGCUUUAGCUGUAAAGAUAUACGUGAUGUUAUUUGUGAUUACAAACGAAAAUCUAGAACACACAAUCCGGUUUUAUCUCCUAACUUCUUUGACGAAUCAUUCGUUAAAAUUUCCUAUUUAUAAUUUCUAAUAACAAUCAACCUAUAAAUACUCACCAAAAAAAUCCAUCUUACUCAUUACUUUCAAUUCUUGUUUUUUCUUUCACCAUGGCGAGAGUUUCUCUUUUGUUAUGUUUGGUUAUAUUGGUUACAUUAGGAGUUGUGGUAACUUCAUUUGCCAACAACGUUGAAGUGCAAUCGGAACAAGUGGAGAGCAGCAAGAAAGUUACUAAAGCUCAUCAUAUUAGUAAAGACAAAGAGAAAGGAGGAAAAAAGGUAAAUGGUGAUCACAAUGCCCGUUCUGAUGGCAAAGAGAAUAAAAAGGACGAAAAGAAGAAGCAUGAUGUGCAUAAGAAGGAAGGUGAGCAUAAAAAGAACGAGCAGGAUGUGCAUAUAAAGGGUGUUCAACAUGAAAAGAAAGACGAUGAUGAUGAUGUGAAGAAGCAUGGGGAUAAGAAGAAGAGUGUUAAGCAUCAUGAAAAUGAUAAUGAUAGUGAUGAUGAUGAAAAGAAGCACAAAGAUAAAAAGAAUGGUGAACAUGAUGAAACUGAUACUGACGAUGAUAAAGAUGAUGAUGAUGAUGAAGUUGAUGGAGAUGAUAAUGAAAAAGAAAACAUUGGGUUAUAUGAGCUCAAAAAGGAAAAUCUAACCGUCAAGUUCACAAAUUGGGGUGCUUCAAUCAUGUCUCUCCAUUUCCCGGAUAAAAAUGGAAAAAGUGGCGAUAUUGUUCUUGGUUAUGAUAGCGUCGAAAGCUAUGAGACAGAUAAGGUCUAUUUUGGAGCAACCGUGGGCCGAGUAGCGAAUAGAAUAGGAAAGGCCCAUUUCAAAUUGAACGGAAAGGAGUACAAGACUGUUGCCAACGAUGGCAAAAACACACUUCAUGGUGGGAAGAAAGGGUUUGGCGAUGUUGUGUGGGCAGUUACAAAGCACAAGUAUGAUGGCAAGAAACCUCACAUUGUAUUCACUUACACAAGUCCUGAUGGUGAUCAAGGGUUUCCCGGAGAACUCAUUGUCACGGUGACAUAUAAACUUGUCAAAGACAAUAAAUUAAGUGUAGUAAUGGAGGCAAAGGCUAAAGAUAAAGCAACUCCGGUGAACUUAGCUCAUCACACUUAUUGGAAUCUUGGUGGUCAUAACUCCGGAGAUAUUUUGUCCGAGGAAAUACAGAUCCUAGGUUCAAGUUACACUCCUGUCGACGGCGAACUCAUUCCUACCGGAAAAAUAUCGCCGGUGAAACGAACACCGUAUGAUUUUCUUCAACCCCGUCCUAUUAAAGAUAAUAUGAAGGAUCUUAAAACAGGAUAUGAUAUUAAUUAUUGCUUAGAUGGUAAGGCGGAUAAGAUGAGGAAAAUAGUGGAACUCGUUGAUAAGAAAUCGGGAAGAAAAAUGGAGUUAUCCGCGAACCAACCCGGUUUGCAGUUCUAUACCGGAGGAAUGUUAAAGGACAUCAAGGGGAAGAAUGGAACGGUAUACCAAGCUUUCGCGGGAUUAUGUUUAGAAACACAAAGUUAUCCAGACUCCGUCAAUAAUCCGAAGUUUCCUUCACAGAUUGUUGAACCAGGGAAAAACUACAAACACAAUAUGCUCUUCAAGUUUUCGAUUGUUUCAUAGAGUACCUUUGUAACUAACCAAUAAUCACGAAGAAGAAACUAGAUUGGAAGUUAAUAACAGCUCUCGAUCUUUCAAAUCUCAUCAAACUAUGACGAAUGUGCAUAAUUCAUCUGUUUGUAGUUUAUGCACAAAUUUGAAACACUUUAUUCUUGUUUUAGUAUGCAAUUCUGAUGGUAUAUUUCAUAUGUCAUAGACUCAUAGGUAAAAUGUGGACCGCAAUUUGAUAUUAUUAUGUUCAAAAUAAAUAUAUUUUCUUCCCGUAACCGUAUAAGAUCAUAGAGGAAAACCCAUGAAGACCUCGAAGGAUUUAAUAGUUUUUUUGUUUGUUAAAGGGUUUGGAUUUAAUAGUUGUAGCCACAUUACCCAUUUUUCUUUUCAAGGUUAAUUCAUUUAUUUCAAAUUAUAUGCUGAAUGAGGAUGUCAGAAGUGUGCAUAAGAUUUUGUCAUAAAAUGGUGUUGAGAAAGAAAUAUCAAUAUUCGAAUGUGAUCUUAUACUUCAACUUUCAAGAUCAUAUUAAAGUGCAUUUAAAUGCGAUUAUGGCGGGUCAAUCUAUUCAUAAAUAAUGACGGUAUUCACUAAAUCAAAUGAUAGAAAACAGAGAAUUUAGGAGUUGACCUAUCCCUAAUCCAUCAACAUAAACAUGUGCACUUCACCAAAAUUCUUAUACUACCAUAUAAAACAUAUGAUGACUCCAUGGUCUCACAUGCCAUCAUCUAGCUAUAUAUUCCAUUAAUUACGUAUGUAAGUACGUACGCAACGCAUAUAGUAAGUACGCAUAUCGAAAAAAAAAAGUACGUACGCAUAUCGAACAGUAUCUGAAUAUAUUAGUGUAGUUGGCAUAUGAGUUUAGGAUCUGAAAAUAAAUUUAUAAUUUUUCAGUAACUUUGGUUUCGCACAAAACAGUGCGUUUCAGAGUUUUUGGUGAAAGGUUUCGCUCCAAUGUUUAUCAUACUAUUUAUUUGAGUAUUGCUACAUCAUACGAACACUGCAUGAAUUUAUAACAUAUAUGUAUAUUGUAUUGUUUUAGAUGAUUCACUUAAACUAAAACUUUCACGAUCUCAAGUCUGAGUAGUUUCUGUUGAAGUGAAGUAGUGGUGGCAGUGAGGUCACAUGGAGAGCCCACGAAGAAAGAAAUAUUUGGUACUCAAUUUGUUUUCUUGUGUGAUACUGAUAAACAAGUAUAUGUACAUUUUAUUGUAUAAUAUAAACUUAUAAAUACUUCAAAUCCAAAAGCAUCCAAAGAUCCGAAAAGCUAGCUAGAUGACUGAACGAUUCUUCUAAACACUGUUUCGAAUCUGUUCUCUUUUUGGAUUUUUCUUCUUCGUCUUUGGAAUGUGUGCUUCCAAUAAUCUUCCUCAUCUACCAGCUACCACUAUAAUUAUUAUCUACAAUAUCGUUAAUGCUAACUUCCAUUUUACAGGUUCCUUUUUGGUCUUGUAAUAACCGGUAGAGAUUCAUAAACUUUACUAAAUUAUUUUUAGUUCAAUUUUUUACUAAAACAAUUAAUAAACUUAGUAUCUAUAAAGUUAUGUUUGUUAGAAAUGUUUAAUUGUAACCAAUAGAUAAUCCGUGUUCCAAAAAAAAAAAAAACCAAUAGAUAAUCCUUCGAUAACCUACGAAAAUUAUAAAAUACUGUAUCUUGAUUUGUAGCCGUAAUAUAGGAUUAUUUACAGUAAAAUUAGCAAAAAAAAACGUGCCUGAUUCAUGGUGCAUGGAUGUAAAGCAAUGUUCCAAUGUUUUUUUUUCACUUAUAGUUGAUACAAAAAUUUAAAAGGCAAUAAUUUCAGUUUCAGCUCGCCUUUUAUUAAAACAAAAAGGUUAAAUCAAGUUACGAAAGUACAAAGGUACUAAACUGUGAUUGAAUAAAAUGUAAAUUGUACUUUGGGUGUAUUGAAUAUUGAGUCUAUCUACCCGACUGACUACGUGAAAACACAUUACAUAAUGUUUGAACUUUAAAUGUUAGGUUUACGUCUAGUUCAUAAAAAUUAUAUAUAGUGACAUAAUAAUUCAUUAUGAGUUUGUUCUUUCAAGUUUGCAAUUUAGAAACACUGUAAGAAAGGGUAGAGCACAGAAAAUAAUAUUGUAACUACAAAAAUAUUAAUUAAGCACAUCAUGUACUUAAUGAUAGACAAUUUACAGCGUUAUUAAAAUUAAAGGUAUGAUCUGAUGAAUGAAAUUAUUUGAUAUGUUUAUGAAUCCAUAUUGUCUCUUUGUAAGUCGUAUUCGUUUUUGUAGUUUUCACCAGUUACCAAAGAAAUCCUCGUUUGUUUUUUAUUCAUUUUAUUUCUUAAUAUGUGCUAGUUUUGAUAGAUUAUAUUAUGAUUACAUGGUAACUAUCUACGGAAAUAUUUAUAAGAGCCCAAGCCCAAGAAGAACAACCAAGCCUGUUAGACUAAGUGUUUAGGGUUUUAGCAAGUUAGAUUUGGUAUAAAUAUGUCUAGUAUCAUUAUGGCAAUGCAACUUUGGCUGCGUUUCAAGCAGCCUACUUCAAACUCUAUUUAUGAUAUCAAAAGGUUCAUUUAGUUCUUGAAGACAAACAUCAAGCUUGUUCCUUUCUUGUUCUUUACUUUUCAAUAAAGCUCCUUUGAGCUAAUCCUAGUUUAUGUUUCAAUAAAGUCUUUCAGACACAAAUCUAUCUUGUUCUACAAAUCUCUUCAUGGUAUCAGAGCUGCAGUCGAUUCAUGGGUUUAUCUCUUGAUUCUUCUCCAGCUUCAGCUCAAGCUUGUAAAGCUCCAAACUUUAAAAAAAAAAAAAAAAAAAAAACCUGCGACCACGACUAAGCCUUUCAACACUGUCUUCACCAAGCCCUGCUAAAGACCUGCUGCAGCUGUGACUCUGUCAUUGAGAAACAGAACCAGUCAAGCGCUUGCCCAUAUGAAGAGGGAGAAGUUCGAGACAGAGACCACGGUGGUUCAUGGGGUUUAUCGGGCUUUUUCUAGUUGAAGUUUCAGACAGGUCUCAAACUGGUCAGAGAAGAAUGAAGACUUAUUCAGCUUCCUCACCACUUCUACACGGUAUUAUCUCUGUUUCUUUAAUUGAGACAGAACAGUGGAUGAGAAAAUUAUAUGUCGUGUACUGGUUUAGAUUCUGGUUAAGAUGGGUUUUAGAACACACAAGUUGAUUGAGAAAGGCUUGUUUGGGUUUGUUACGUGUGGUCUUGGAUGCAAGUCUCUGGCUUUAAUGCUAAUGCACGCAAGCUGCUCGGUAAAAUGCCAACGACACUGUCAGAUUGUUUAGAGGCAGAGUUUUUUAGCAGUAUACUGAUGGGAAGCAGAGAUUGAGUAUAGUUUUAUUUGGUAGGUGUGGAAAGAGAGUUCUUCAUGAGACACAUUAGAAGAAUGAAAUGGGUAAAGGAAACCUAGAUUCAUAGUGAGACAAAUAUGCCAUAGUUAUACCUCUGAGUGAGAUCAACUAAGCUCUCCAAGUUCAAGAGAAACCUCUGAGUGAAGCCAUGUAAUACUCUCCAAGUAUAGGCCUGAAUAGAUCUCACACUUAGUUUGUUUUCCAGAAGAACAAGAGCCCUUUGCCUACAUCAAAAGCAUCCUACUGGUCAUUUCAAGUCAUCUUCAUCUGUGCUUUCAAACUUUGCGUUGCUGCUCCGUUGCUGCUCCAUCCACGCUAAGUUUGCAGGGGAGUAUAAGAGCCCAAGCCCAAGAAGAACAACCAAGCCUGUUAGACUAAGUGUUUAGGGUUUUAGCAAGUUAGAUUUGGUAUAAAUAUGUCUAGUAUCAUUAUGGCAAUGCAACUUUGGCUGCGUUUCAAGCAGCCUACUUCAAACUCUA